CUUUGAGCGAGAGCCACUCCCCAGUCCUCAUCAGGUGCAGGUGUUUGACAUGCUGGCAACAUUCACCUGGACUAUGCUCACCAAGAUCGCACAAUGACUUGCUGGAAUUGAUGGAGAAGACCAUGGAUGUCCGAGCGAGGUUUUCAGCGUGCUGGGAGAGAUGUCUGUCUUGUUUUAAAAAAACAAAUCAAACUGAAAGUAAGACGAACGACCAGAAAAAAGAAAAUACUCACAUACCUGACAUUGUUUUUAAAAACCCCACCGCCGUCGAGCGAAAAGCCAAAGCGGUGGUAGAACCGCCGGCGAGUGUAGCAGAGGAUCGUUUUGUGGCACUUUAUGACUACUCUGCUCGCACCGGGGAGGACUUGAGCUUCAAAACUGGCGACAUCUUGGAAGUGGUGGACACAAGUGCAGAAGACUGGUGGUUCGCCAAAGCGAUUACUGGGAUUUCUGCAUCAAAACAAGGAUACAUCCCCGCUAACUAUGUGGCCCGAGUUGAGAGUAUCGACGCAGAACCAUGGUAUUUUCCGGAGACCAAAAGGCUGGAUGCAGAGAAGAUGCUGUUAACUGGAAAGAACCACAAUGGAACCUUCCUAAUCAGGAACUGUGAAAGCCAGAAAGGGGAACUCUCCCUCUCAGUGCUGGAUGAUGGGAGGGUGAAGCAUUAUAAAUUAAGAAGAACUGAAAAGGGUCACUACUUUGUCUCAAGGGUCAAACUCUUUGAAACGCUGAAGAUGUUGGUGCGACACUACUCGACACAAGCAGAUGGGCUCUGUGUACGUCUGGGAGAACCAUGCAAAAAGAUCGAGGCGCCACAGACUCACGGUCUGUCCUACAACACCGUGGACCAAUGGGAGAUUGACCGCUGCUCCAUCAAGCUGCUGCAUAAACUGGGAGCAGGUCAGUUUGGAGAAGUUUAUGAGGGCCUUUGGAACGACACCACAGCAGUUGCAGUGAAGACACUCAAACCUGGUACCAUGGCUCCCGCGGACUUUCUCAGAGAGGCUCAGAUCAUGAAGAGACUACGGCAUGCCAAGUUAAUCCAACUGUAUGCCGUGUGCACCAUGGAAGAGCCCAUCUAUAUCAUCACAGAGCUGAUGAAGAACGGCAGCUUGCUUGAAUACCUGCAAAAGGACAAAGGUACCAAACUACAGCUCUCUGACCAGAUUGAGAUGGCUGCCCAGGUGGCAUCAGGCAUGGCUUUUCUGGAGUUGCAGAACUACAUUCACCGAGAUCUUGCAGCCAGGAAUGUGCUAGUAGGGGAGAACAACAUCUGCAAGGUGGCAGAUUUUGGCCUUGCCAGGGUCUUUCAGAGCGACAGUGUAUAUGAGGCAAGAGAAGGGACCAAAUUCCCGGUGAAAUGGACCGCUCCCGAGUGCAUCCACAGCAACAUAUUCACCAUCAAAUCCGACGUCUGGUCGUUUGGUAUUUUGCUUUAUGAGAUUAUGACAUUUGGCAAGAUGCCGUACCCAGACAUGACAAACUACCAAGUUGUCCAAAGAGUUCCCCUGGGCUACAGAAUGCCGAGUCCGCCCAACUGCCCCAAAAUCUUGUAUGACAUCAUGAUGGAAUGCUGGAAGGAGAGCGAAAACGAUCGGCCGACAUUUGAGACCUUGCAGUGGAAGCUGGAGGAGUUCUUUGAGCUGAACGCAACCUCCUAUGAUGAUGCUUGCCGCUAUUAGCACACAGAGAGAAAGCAAAUUGUAUUCAGAUCACUUGAAUCCAUACAUGUACUCGGUAUGUAUUUUGAAAUUCCACAAUUAAAAUCAGAGCCGUAUCGACUUCA